UUCACUCAAUUGUAACGCGGAAGUCAGUGAAGCAUACUUAUGCGGAUGGGCGCUAUGAAAUAUACUAAACAUCAUCACCAUUUAGCCUGGGAGAAAGCGCCGGUGGGUGAUCUUUUCUUGCUCUGCACCGUGUGUGCAUUUUGAACGGGAGCAGUGUAGCCUGGGAGUAGCGAUUCAGCCCGUCAUGCCAGCGAGACAGGAAGUGUGUGUGUGAGCCCGACCAGUCCGGUGGGCUGCGCGGGGAUGAACAUGCCACUGCACCAGAUCUCUGUCAUCCCCCGUGAUGUCACUUCCUCCCGGGUCAGCGGCAGUGGAAAGUCCAAGGACAAGGACAAACAGAAUGAGAAGCACCUGGGUCAUUCUGCCAGCAGGUCCAGCAAUAUUUCCAAGGCGGGGAGUCCCACCUCCGUCAACGCCCCCUGCAGCUUUUCACGGUCAUCGGUCACCCCCUCCAACCAGGACAUCUGCAGGAUCUGUCACUGCGAAGGAGACGAUGACAGCCCACUGAUAACACCGUGCAACUGUACGGGCAGCCUACGCUUUGUCCACCAGGCGUGCCUGCAGCAGUGGAUCAAGUCCUCGGACACACGCUGCUGUGAACUCUGCAAGUACCAGUUCAUCAUGGAGACCAAGCUCAAACCCCUUCGCAAGUGGGAGAAGCUCCAGAUGACGUCUAGUGAGAGGAGGAAGAUCAUGUGUUCUGUGACGUUCCAUGUCAUCGCCAUAACUUGCGUGGUGUGGUCCCUCUACGUGCUCAUUGACCGCACUGCAGACGAGAUCAGAGCAGGUAUCCUGGAGUGGCCAUUCUGGACCAAGCUGGUGGUGGUAGCCAUCGGCUUCACGGGUGGCCUGGUCUUCAUGUAUGUCCAGUGUAAAGUCUACAUCCAGCUGUGGAGGAGACUCAAGGCCUACAACCGGGUGAUCUACGUCCAGAACCGCCCAGAGAUGUGUAAAAAACAAGUGUUCGAGAAACUGCCCCUCAUGGAGCCCAGUUUGGAGCACAAGGAGGCUCUGGCCCUCACCCAGUCUGACACAAACUCCUCCCAGUACACAGAGACAGAGGACUACAGUAUGGAAGUGCUACAUGUCUGACCAACAUAUUACUGAAGCGCCCACACCAUUUUACAUAUACUAAUACACAGGCACACUCUGGCUGACCAACAUAUACACACACAAACACGAGCAAACCGAGUAAAAAACACACAGACAUGCAUAAGACUAUAGUAUGGGGGUUGUACUAAGGUGUGAGUGACCCACCUUCACCCUGCUCCCAUCUCCACACAGUCUGAAACAGUAUGGACCAGUCCCCUCCCCUCUCCCAGGACUAGACCUCCUUCACUGGGCCAAUUGACCCCUCACACACACACACACACACACACACACACACACACACACACACACACACACACACAUCCCCCUCUGGGGGAACAAGACUGAGACAGAUGAUCUCACUCGGCUCCAGAGGUUUCAGUGUUUCUGUUGAGCUGUUUGUUUGUUGCUUAGUGUGUUAGCUUGUUUGUUUGGUUUAUUUGUUUUACUUCCUGUAAAUCAUGGGCUAAACCAUCAUGGAUCAGUGUGUAGCGCCGCCGUUUCUCUGCAAUAUUUUAGAACAUUCUGGAACAUUGAACAUUCCAACUACUGCCACCGUACUGCUGUCGUCCGAGAGCCCGCUAAGGCCCGCUCCCCCGCCUCUCUGAGUUUGGGUCUGGAUCAGACUGGAUCUGACUGGAUUGGACCGGAUCUGACCAUGCAUUGAAGCACUUUUUGGUUUCUACCAAUACCCCUCUCAACCCUCUUCUCUUUUAAUAUGAAUAAAGUACUUUAUAGUAUAUCCCAGCAAACAGGGGACGUCCUAAGCAACAUUGCCAUUAGGCCCCUUUUAGGGUUUUGGCUAAAUGUUAUUCCACUGCCGUUCUGAGAACAUUCUAGGAAUAUUAAAACAUGGCAUUAACAUCAGGACGAUAAGGGGACGUUCAGUACUGAUCCCAGUUUGGUAUAAUAAUAAUAAUAAUAAUAAGGUCAUUUGAUGUCCAAUAGGGAACAUUACAAAUAGGUUUCGAUAACCGGGAAGUAGACAAAAACACAAGACCAUGACACAAUGUCCUGACAAAUUUAGGAUACAAUAUCCUGACGUUCUGGGGAUGUCCUAUGGACACUUUUGUUUGCAGGGAUAAGUGUGGGAAAUUGUACAGCAACAAAUAGGAAGAUGUGUAAAAAUCCCUUGUUUUAUAUUUGACAUUUCUGUCCCACACACAGACCUGCCCUCCCUUGGAUGGAAAUCGUGAAAAGCAAUGAAUGAUGGGGGGAAAUGGAAUUCUGAUGAAAUGAUCUUUGCACUUUUCACUUAACACUAAAAGUAAUGCUAAAUAUGGCCUACUGGUUACUCAAGCCCUGUGGUUUUUAAUACAACCAAAACACAACUUUGCGAUAACAUCAGAUACAGCCAUCCACCUGACAUUACCUCCCUCUACCAUAAGAACUCUCUGAAGGCUCUGAGAAUGUAACGUUUUUAAAAGCAUUUUCUACCAACCAUUCAUUCACAGGAAAUCGCUAAAUAAUCUCCCAUGUCAGUCAUCAUCAUAACACCAACCAAAACCAACCAAUCGGUCAUGUUUUUUCUAUUGUGCGAAUGAUACAGUACUUGUGGUAUUCCAUGUGCAGUUUUUAAUAAUAGUAAUCAUGGGUUUUACGAUGCCUUGAGGAAGCUACAGCCUGCUAUAUUUAGACUGUUCUCUUAUCCUCCUAUUGACUUCUCUGACCACACUAAUAAUGAUCAUGCAGAUGGGAUUAUUCAAAUCCAAAUUUACAUAAGAUUAUGUGAAUUUGAUCAGAGGCAGUAAGAGAUAGGAUACAGGGCCUAUUAUCAUUAUUAUGAGAGGCCCUAUGAGACAAUACUGAGCCUAUUUUUACUAUGGUGAUGAUCGUGGGUGGGUUAUACUGUAGCAUGUCUUUUUGGUUUAGUUUUAUACAUACAGUCAGUCAGUGAGACUCAGGUGAGCAACGGACAAUCACCUGAUACAGAGACCCGCGACACAACAUACAUUUUUCAGUCGAGCUAAAGUCUCUGUUGCACAGUCAGACAGGCUCCAGUUUCCAACCACGAUAACUCCGAUGUAUUACGUUACAACGAUCAGUCCCUAACCCACCUGCUGUUUCACUAAUUAUUAUUCAAUGUAACUUAAUGUAUCGUUCUGGAUCACAUCUGGCAUUAUGAGGGUUUGAUUAGAUGCAUUUGUAAAUUGAUCAGUUUCAGUCCAGAUAAUGUUUUCUAAAGUAACAUCUGAUGGCUUCUCUCCAGUAAAGCAGAGUUGCCAUAUGUUGACAAUAAAGACACUGUUUCCCUGA